AUGGACGAGGAGACCGAGCAGGAACUGCGUCGUCACCUGGCGACCACAGUAAUGGGAUUGCCCUUUGGCCAUCUACCAAAGGAGCUCCGCCUCGACAUCUCCGUCAACGACAGCGUCACAAUGGUGACCGAAGGCAUCGCCAAGGCACGCGUAUUGGCGACCCAAGCCAAAGAGGCCAAUGAAACGCAUAUUUUGGAUCUGUUCGCCAAGGCACUGGACGAGAACGCAAUGGCUUCGGAAACCGAAGCCCAAAUCAUCGCCCUGCUGAAGAAGCAACCCGAGCUCAGCUACAGGGUGCCUACAGAGCCCAGACACAUGCAGUUUAUAUUGAACCGCUGCCCUGAUCUCUUUGAUCACCUAACAACAUCCAUCAGCGACGCAAAGCGUCUGAAUCUCAUAGUUCAGAACGCAAUUUCCAGCCCGAUUCCCGUAGCGCAGUUGAACGCCCUGAUCCGGACAAUGUCCCGGUUUGCCAACGAGCUCACUUGUGAGACACUGUUCAAAUACCUGGAUGUCUUGGAGGCUACUUGUCGAUCGCAAAAGAAGGGUGAGGCGCAGGCGUACACUGUGCGCUCGGUUUGCGUCAUCUUUUUUCUUGUCAUUGACAGCAACGAGUCGCUUGUGGAGCAGCUGUUUAUACCGCUCAGCUCGUUCUGUCUGUCGUACCUCUGGGUCAAGUACGCAGCCGAUCUGUACCGGCGCCUAGCAGAGUCCAAGAUCAAGAUCAAGACAGACCAGCUAGCGGCAAAUUGA